AAGAGAACAGAUGACUCCAUUUAUUACCUUCUCAACUACCAACUUCUCCCUCCCUAUUAAACCCUUCACCUUCACCUUAGACUAUAUGAACGCUCAAGCAAGCUGAUCAGUGAUCCCAUUAAGUAGAAUUCUGAUGGGUAAUCUUAAGUACUGCUACAGUGUGGCUGUUGCUAUGGGGAUGUUGUUUAUUGGCGUAAGUGUUGGGCAAUUUGAAGGUGGUGGAAACGAUCCAUUCUCCCAAGGUGGGGGGAGAAGGCCGGAGAUGGUACCGGCCAUGUUCAUAUUCGGAGACUCUCUCAUUGACAACGGAAAUAACAACAAUCUUCCCUCUUUCGCCAAGGCCAACUAUUUCCCCUACGGCAUUGACUUCAAUGGCGGUCCAACUGGGCGCUUCUCCAAUGGCUACACAAUGGUGGAUGAAAUCGCGAUGCUGCUUGGACUCCCAUUGGUCCCUGCCUUCUCUGAAGCUUCCGGAGCCCAAUCUCUCCGCGGAGUUAACUACGCAUCCGCUGCUGCAGGCAUUCUUGACGCUACGGGAAGGAACUUU